UAGAGCAAAGCGAGCGUACACGUCUCGGAGAAGCAGAGCUGUCAGCUGUAGCAGGAGCUCUUUGUAGAGUACCAACCAGCUCGACAGAGACACCCGGAAGGCACGAAAGUCAAUUUGAGAGGGCAGCAUGAAUCGUUUUAAGACCUCCAAAUUCAAAAACACCACUCCGAAAAUUGCCAAGAAAGAUGGGUGGAUCAACAAUGUUCGUGCUGGUUCCUUCUCAUGCCAGGGGAACCACAUCAAAGCCAACUCCAAGCUGGUUGCCUUUAACACCGAGCAGGCUGGUGGAGGCAUGCUGGGUCUGUCUUCAGUCAAACCUGGUUCAGAUGGCCAAUGGACAGUCACCCAGAUUUCCUGCCACUCUGAUCUAGUGACUGAUAUGGACUUUUCUCCUUUUGAUGAGAGUCUCCUGGCAACAUGUUCUGGAGAUGAAACGGUGAAGCUGUGGCAUUUGUGUGAUCCAGCGCUGGAGCAGCCCAGCAGUCCAGAGCUGACCUUGCGUCCAGGUCAGGGCAGGCUGGAGCUGGUGCACUUCCACCCCACCUCCUCUGGCUUGCUGGCCAUCGGCACCGCUAAGUCUCCUCUGAUUUGGGACACCGGCCGUCAGGAUUCACCGUUGGCAGUUCUGGAGCAGCACAGUGACCAGCUGCAGAGUCUGAGCUGGAAACAGGACGGCUCCCUGCUGGCUUCCUCCUGCAGGGACAAGAUGUUGCGAGUGUUUGACCCCAGAGCCCAGCUGACACCUGUUCAGAGUGCCAAGAGUCUUCAGAACAACAAGGAUUCACGCAUCCUGUGGGCUAAAGAUGACUUUUUACUGACCACUGGCUUUGAUAUGAUGCGUGGUCGGGAGGUGAGGCUUUGGGACAGUAGGAAGCUGAGCUCUUCUGUCAGCACUGUGUCACUUGGCACUUCCAACGGGAUGCUGAUCCCUCUGUUUGAUGAAGACACUGGUCUGCUCGUACUGGCUGGCAUGGGAGACACAGUGGUCGAUUGCUUUGAAGUCUCUUCCUCUGAGCCCUUGCUCUCUCAAGUGAGCCACUGCAUCACAGAUGCCUCGACACGAGGGGUUGCCAUGGUUCCCAAGCUGGCGCUGGAUGUGAUGUCCUGCGAAGUGAUGCGUGUGCUUCAGCUGACAGACAGCUGCAUUGUGCCAAUCAGCUAUCACGUCCCUCGCAAGAAUUCAGGCCAGGAGUUUCAUGACGAUCUUUACCCAGACACAGCGGGAACGACUCCAGCCAUGUCUGCUGAGGAGUGGUGGCAGGGAGGAAACAAGCAGGUGGAGAAAGUCACCCUCCACCCAGACAAAAGGCCCAAGCCAAAGGCUCCACCAGCAAAACAGAUGCCUGCAAAGAAGGAGGUGGCCAGUGGGGGGAGCAAAGAGGAUCCAGCUCGUGGCUGCUCCACCUCCAGUAGUCCUCUGAGUACUCCCAGCAGCAGCGCUGUCCCAUCCCGCUCUCCCUCCUCCACCUCCGGCCUCUCCUCAGGCUUCCUCCCCAGCCCCAGUCCCAGCCAGAGCGUCAAGGCAAUCCAGAACCUCCUGGGACCAACCUCCAAGUUCCGUCACAUCCAGGGUGCAGUGAUGCACAGGGACACACACAUCACUAACAUUCGUGGUCUCAACCUUACCACACCAGGCGAGUGUGACGGUUUCUGUGUCAACAGCCAACGUGUGGCAGUGCCCCUCUCCAUCUCUGGGGGCCAGAUCGCCAUCUUUGAGCGCUCUCAGCCUGGCAGGCAGCCAGACACAGCCCUGCCCACCAUCCAAAACUCUGUAAAUGUGGCCGACUUCUCAUGGGACCCCUUUGACACACAUAGGCUGGCUGUGGCUGGUGAUGAUGCUAAGAUCCGGGUAUGGCAGGUACCAAAGGGAGGACUGAAAGAGACCCUGACUGAGCCUGAGCUCAUCUUGCAAGGCCACACUGAGAAGAUUUACUCCAUCAAGUUUCACCCUCUGGCCAGUGGACUCCUGGUUUCUUCAUCCUAUGAUCUCACAGUCAGACUGUGGAACCUGGAGAGCGAAGAGGAGGUCAAAGUUCUCAAAGGACACCAGGACCAGGUGUUUGCUAUGGCAUGGAGCCCAGAUGGCAAGCUCCUGGCCACAGUGUGCAAAGAUGGGAAAGUCCGCAUCUAUGACCCUCGCAAGUCCACUACACCUGUGCAGGAGGGCCCAGGCCCUGAGGGCCCCAGGGGAGCUCGUAUAGUGUGGGUGUGUGAGGGCAAGUACCUGCUGGUGUCAGGAUUUGACAGUCGCAGUGAGAGAGGACUCUACUUGUACUCUGCAGACUCCCUGUCUUCUGGAGCCAUAGCCAACGCUCAAGUGGGCGUCUCCCCCUCCACCCUCAUCCCUUUCUAUGACCAUGACACCAGUGUGGUCAUCCUCACUGGAAAAGGUGAUACCAGAGUGCACAUUUAUGAGUUAGUCCCAGAGGAGCCAUACUUUGUUGAAUGCAGCAGUUUUAACUCUCCUGAGCCACAUAAGGGCUUGGCCUUUCUGCCCAAGACAGAAUGCAAUGUGCGUGAUGUGGAGAUAGCUGUAGGGCUAAUGCUCACCAAGACGACCAUAGAGCCAGUGGCCUUCAGAGUGCCACGGGUCAAGAAAGAGUUUUUCCAGGAUGACGUGUACACAGACACAGCAGUGUGGUGGGAACCGGCUCUGACAGCCUCUGCCUGGCUGUCCGGCUCCAAUGGCCAACACAGAAAGAUCAGUCUGAAGCCCAAAGACAUGACACCAGUGAGUGAGGCCCCCAAAGAGGCUCCAGUUAGGAAGUACCUGCCCUCAUCUGUUUACCUGGAGGAGAAGACUGAUGAACAGAAGAAAGAGGAGCUGCUGAGUGCCAUGGUGGCGAAGCUGGGGAACAUGGACGACCCACUGCCACAGGAGUCCUUUGAGGGGGUCGACGAGGACGAGUGGGAUGACUAAAGGGGACGUCGUCUUGUCUUUGGUUCAGUCAUGGUGCCAACAACAGAGAUGAGAGGCCAGUCUCCACAUCGUCUCAGCCUACUGCACAAAGAAAGAAUACUGUACAAUGUGAACAAACCUUCAGCAAAGUCAACAAAUACCCCGGCUGGGUGAUGCGAGAGAAAAUCACAAUAACUUAAAGACCUUCUUCUGAUAUGAGCACUGUAUGUAUGUAUCACAGUAUCUGUUUAAGUUUGGGAAAUCAAAUGUCACGAUGUGUAGUUGUUCAUCAUAUCAAACCGCAUGAAAUUUGAUAUGAAAAUCAUUUUCAGCUGGAAUUCUUGAAUGUUCCAGAAAUUAUUCUGAGACAAAUCUGACUUUGUAAUAGCUUUCUUAUGUUUAUGUAGACUUAAAAAUUCUGUCACACUAUUGUUGAUAUUCAGAAAAAAAUCCUACCAUAGGAGAUGAUACAAAGCAAUCAUCAAUAAAUACUUAGAAAUCAUAUAUCAGGACAGCUCAAACAUAUUUCUGGUAAACCACAGUUCUAAAUCAGUGCAAAGUCAAUAAAACUGCAGGCAGUCAUAGCAAUAAUACUUCUGCUUUACGCUACAUUACAAGUUAAGACAGACAUAACUAUGGGUUACAAACAAUUUUUUUUUUAAAUAGCUGUAUUUUAGCCUAGCUUCUGUUUAUGUCUUUGCUAAGUGGCCAUGAUUUAAGCAUGAUAAUACACUCUGAGUUGUCCUGAUAUAAAAUGAUGACCUCCUUUUGUGCCCACUCUGUAUUUUGUUUGAUAUCAGGAUACCUCAACAUGUAUCAUUGUGUACAAACAAGUUAUCUGUGUGGACAUUUACUUCCACAGUGGACCACUUGCUUGCUUUUUCUAGUCACAAUGUGUCUUUGAAAAAUUUAAUGUUGCAAAAAAAAAAAAAGUUAAUGAGUAAAUAACAAGUGAACAUCAUUGCAUCUGAUAAAAUAAUAAUAAUUAAAAAAAAAAAAACUUGUCUUCCUGUUUAGUCAGGUAAAACACACAAACACACACACACACAUGACUGUAACAUGCUCAAGCCUUCCACAGCAAAAACCACACAGAGGAUACAACAGGGUCACCAGUGCUCAUGUUUGGCCAUGAACUGGAAUUUCUAAUGACAAAAACACUCACAGUUCACUUUUCUUUGUCAGCCAACAUUAGAAUAAAAUGAUAUUUUAACAUAUGUGUUAUUAUAAUUGUGCCAGUUAGAUUUGAAUGUUUUGCCAUCCAGAAAUAGUCUUAUGUUUAAGUAGGGGUGAAAGGUCAAUAAAAGUAAAAUAUUGUUAUGCAUUGAAAGCCAAACCACCUCCUUUAUGGAGUUUUUAGAGGGGCCUUUGUAUUCUGAUGAUUGUUUCCUUUCUUUUGUUCUCUUGUUUGUGGCCAGUUGAACAUUUAAUCAUGAUCUUUGCUGGUUUUCAGACUGUUUGGGGAUAUUCCUCACUAAAUGAGCUAACUUUCUUAUCUAAUGUUAACUGGUGAUAAGUAAUUGUGGUGUUAAUCAGACAAUAACAGUACAGUAUUGAAAACUUAACAUGCAGCCAUAACAGCCAUCAUGUUAUUUCUAAUCAGGGCUACAACAAUAUUGUCAAUAAUCCAGGCUUGAGCCAACUGAGUUUGUUUACAACCUCUGAUGGACUGAAAUAAACCAACCAGUUCAGCCACGCAUGAUCAUGCACAUCAUGUUGUACACAUGAACUGCAGGUGUUGUCAGUGUUUGUGCGAUGUAUACUGUAUGUGCUUGUGAUUCUCAGACGCCACACUUUGUACUGUUUGGAUUGGAUUUACUUGCCUUCCAUUGUGUUCAAACGGAACAUUCUUUUUAUACUUUGAGUAAAGGAGUGUUGUUUUUCUGUAUUACUUGAGUAAUGGUUUGUGGAUUUUUUCAAUAUUGUCUUGCAAUAAACACUUUUUGAACCCA